AUGCAUCUGUAUAACGGGUGGUUGCCGCCGCCUGUGGCGGUGGAGACGAAGAAGGAGAAGGAAUCGUUCGCUCGGGUCGUGAGAUGCGUCAAGGAAUUGUACCGAGCCGAUGAUUCCGAGUCCGUUUACGCUACUCUCAAAUGGAUCUCCGUCAUCGAUCUCUUUGUCAGAGCCAAAAGUGAAUUAUCUGUGGACGAUGUUAGUGAACUUGUGGAAAUUGGGUUCCAACUGUUUCAUUCAUCGCAGAACAAGCUGUAUGCGCAGGUUAGAUGGGGUAAUGCCCUAGUCAGAUUGCUGAACAAGUAUCGUAAGAAGCUGACUUUGAAAGUUCAGUGGAGGCCCUUGUAUGAUACUUUGAUCCAUACACACUUUAGCAGAAGCACUGGCCCUGAGGGAUGGAGGCUGAGACAACGACACUUCGAGACUGUUACUUCUCUUGUUCGAUCCUGUAGGAGGUUUUUCCCGCAAGGUGCUGCAUCUGAAAUAUGGUCCGAGUUUAGGUCUCUUCUGGAAAAUCCAUGGCACAAUUCAUCGUUCGAGGGGUCUGGCUUUGUGAGAUUGUUCCUUCCUACCAACCCUGAGAACCAGGAUUUCUUCUCUGAGGAAUGGAUCAGCAACUGUCUAGAACUCUGGGAUACAAUACCGAAUUGUCAAUUCUGGAAUAGCCAAUGGACGGCUGUGUUAGCCCGUGUGAUAAAAACCUACCACUUUGUUAAUUGGGAGCGUUUCUUGCCUACGCUUUUCAGUAGGUUCUUGAAUAUGUUUGAGGUUCCUGUUGCAAGUGGAAAUGGAUCGUAUCCUUUCUCAGUUGAUGUUCCCAGAAAUACACGAUUCUUAUUCUCUAACAGGACUGCAAACCCAGCAAAAUCAAUUGCGAAAUCUAUUGUAUACCUUCUGAAACCAGGAAGUUCGGCACAAGAGCAGUUUAAGAAAUUGGUCAACCUUCUAGAGCAAUAUUAUCAUCCUUCUAACGGCGGCCGGUGGACUUAUUCGUUGGAACGAUUUUUACUUCACUUGGCGAUUGCAUUCCAACAACGUCUACAGCGUGAGCAGCAGGAACCAGAUAGUCUAGCAGUGGUCUGUUUAGGACAGCCAGAAAGGAUUGUUUUUGUCAAUGAGGUGCUGAAGCUGAUUGAUCGCGGUCAAUAUAGCAAGAGUGAACAUCUUUCUGAGACGGUUGCUGCAGCAACAUCCAUUUUGUCUUAUGUGGAACCCUCUUUGGUCCUUCCUUUUGUGGCUUCUCGGUUUCAUUUGGCAUUGGAAACGACGACUGCCACCCACCAGUUGAAAACUGCUAUGAUGUCCGUAGCAUUUGCUGGCCGGUCAAUUCUUCAGUCUUUCAUGUCAACAGUUAAACCACAAGAUCUUAGUGGUGAUACAGAUAAGAAAAUGUUCCUCGAUCUUAUCGGGAUUUCUCUAUCAAAUGCGCUGCUUGGCAUGGAUGCCAAUGAUCCCCCGAAAACUUUGGCAACAAUGCAACUAAUUGGUUCCAUAUUUUCCAAUAUGGCUGUCUUGGAUGAUAGUUCUGAGGACUUGUCAUUCAUGUCCAUGGUUUGCUUUUCUGAAUGGCUUGAUGAGUUCUUGUACCGUUUGUUUGCUUUGCUACAACAUUUGGAACCCAACAGUGUCGUAAAUGAAGGGCUAAGUUCAUCCGCGACUUCAGGGACAUUUUUGGUCGAGGAAGGUCCUUACUACUAUUGCAUGCUUGAAAUCCUGCUGGGACGGCUGUCAGGGCCGUUAUAUAGCCAGGCUUUGAGAAAGAUAUCAAAGUUUGUGCGGACGAAUAUCCUUCCGGGUGCAAUCGCUGAGGUUGGACUGCUUUGUUGUGCUUGUGUUCAUUCAAAUCCUGAAGAAGCAGUUGCUCAAAUUGUCGAACCUCUACUCCUUUCUGUUAUAUCUUCUCUGAAAGAAAUCCCUGUCACGGGAUAUGGAGGAAAAGGAAGUCCAGGCACUUUUGUUUCAACCAAGGAUAAAGAGACACUUUCUCCAGCGCUUGAGACAACGAUUGAUUAUCAACUGAAAGUGUUGUCAGUUGCCAUCACUUAUGGAGGUCGCUCACUUCUUGUUUACAAAGAUCAUUUCGUAGAAGCUAUCUUUUCGGCCUUUGAUUCCUCAUCGUGGAAGGUUAAUGGAGCUGGGGAGCAUUUGCUUCGGUCACUCCUAGGAAGUCUUAUUCUCUACUAUCCUAUCGAUCAAUUCAGAUGUCUUUCGAGUCACCCUGCUGCUCCUGCUUUGGAGGAAUGGAUCAGCACAAAAGAUUAUUCUGAGGACAAGCAGUUUUUGCACCCAAAGUGGCAUGUUCCUUCUGAAGAGGAAGUUUCUUUUGCCAAUGAGCUCUUACACCUUCAUUUUCAGUCGGCCUUAGAUGAUCUUUUGAGAAUUUGCCAAACCAAAAUGCACUCUGAUACAGGGGAGGAGAAAGCACACUUGAAAGUGACUCUUUUGCGUAUAGAUUCUUCACUGCAAGGUGUUUUGUCUUGCUUGGCUGAUUUCAGGCCAUCGGCUAAACAUGGAAUGGCUGAAGAUUCAUCGUUCUUUAUAGCCGGGGCAUCAGGUUCAACUGUUGGCAGUACUGAACUACGAGAAAAAGCUGCAGAGAUUAUUCAUGUAGCCUGCAAGUACUUGUUAGAAAAGAAGUCAGAUGACAGCAUCCUACUGAUAUUAGUAAUCCGAAUCAUGGAUGCCUUGGGGAACUAUGGAAGUCUGGAGUAUGAUGAAUGGUCAAAUCACAGGCAGGCCUGGAAACUGGAAUCUGCUGCAAUUGUAGAACCUCCAGUAAAUUAUAUUACUGGAUUUCAUUCUAAGGGAAAGCGGAGGCCUAGAUGGGCACUUGUGGACAAGACAUACAUGCACAGUACAUGGAGAUCAUCUCAGUCUUCAUAUCAUCUGUUUCGUAUGAGUGGGAAUGUCUCUCCUUCAGACCACUUGACUCUUUUGAUCGAUGAUCUUUUGAGCCUCUCUCUGCAGAACUAUGAGACAGUUCGAGUUCUUGCUGGAAAAUCUUUGCUGAAAUUACUCAAGCGAUGGCCGUUGCUGCUUCCUAAGUGCGUGCUCUCCCUUAGUGAGAACUUCCGAAAACCGGAUGCACCAGAGAAUGCAGUCCUUGGUUCCUGUAGCUUACUCUCUUCACACAUAGUUCUCAAGCAUUUGAUGACGGAUCCAAAAUCAUUUUCCACAUUUAUACUUGGGAUUCUCUCAAGCUCUCAUCACGAGUCAAUGAAAGCCCAAAAAGCAAUCACUGAACUUUUUGUCAAGUAUAAUAUUCACUUUGCUGGACUGUCCAGAAGCAUUCUUCAGUCAUUGGACAACCUUGCAGAUGGUCCUAAUUCCGGAGAUCUGGUUUCUCAAAUUUGUUCCAUGAGUUUUGAUUCGUCCAGCUUGCAUUGGCGGUACAAUUUAAUGGCUAACAGAGUACUCCUUCUGUUAGCUAUGUCGUGUAGGAAUGAUCCAGAUUUCUCCUUCAGAAUCCUUGAUGAAACUGCUGGCCACUUCUUGAAGAACUUGAAAAGUCAACUUCCUCAAUCAAGAAUACUUGCAAUUUCUGCACUAAAUACACUAUUGAAAGAAUCACCUCAUAAGAUGCAAGACAAGGAUCAGCCUUCCAUGUCUUUGCAUGGAAACGUCAACUCAUCCCUUGAUUCUGCAUUGAGCCAAAUUUUUCUGGAAGAAGGGUUCUUCAAGGAGACUUUUGAUAGCCUCUCUCAUAUUCAUAUUACCGACAGCGAGAGUGGAUCCUCCAGAAACCAUGGAAGUUCGUCCUUGCAAAGCAUGGCAGACAAGUCAAUUACUCGUUUCUAUUUCGAGUUUUCAGCAUCAUGGCCAAGAACUCCUAGUUGGAUAUCUUUAUUAGGACAUGACAUAUUCUACCCUAGUUUUGCCCGUAUCUUCAAGCGGUUAGCACAAGAGUGUGGGGUGCCAGUUUUGUUGGCGUUAAAAGGCCCUUUGGAGGAGUUUGCUAAUGCCAAGGAGAGGCCUAAACAGUGUGUUGCUGCUGAAGCCUUAGCCGGUUUAUUGCAUUCUGAUGUUAAUGGCCUUGAUAGUGAAUGGGAUGACUGGAUGAUGGGUAAGUUGCAGAAUGUAAUUCUUGGCCAGUCCGUGGAAUCCAUGCCGGAGUGGGCUGCUUGUAUACGUUAUGCUGUCACGGGGAAAGGGAAACACGGAACUAAAAUUCCCUUCAUGCGGCAACUGAUUCUGGAUUGUCUAGUGGCACCGUUACCACCAGCUGCAACCACCACUGUCAUUGCAAAGCGGUAUGCUUUUCUUUCGGCUGCAUUUAUAGAAUUAUCCCCUCAGAAGAUGCCGGUGUCAGAAGUGAAGCUCCAUAUCUUGCUUCUUGAUGAGUUGAUCGAUAACAUGGCCCAUUCCUCUGCCCAAAUAAGGGAAGCUAUAGGUGUCACUCUUUCGGUAUUGUGCUCUAACAUUCGGCUGCGGAGGUCAUAUCUGCAAGGUUAUUCAACCGAAAUGGAAAAAACGGACGUCAAUAGCCAGCUACAGGAGGAAAACUGGUUUAAGUUGCUGACAGAAAGAGCAUCUGAAGCUCUUACGAACGUUCAGAAAUCUAGCGUAUUGGACAGCAUGGAGAUUUCAGCGUCUGUAGAUAUGGAGAAUUCUCACCUGAAUGGUGAUUCUCGGGAUGAUGUUAAAUGGAUGGAGACGCUCUUUCACUUUAUCAUAUCGUCUUUGAAGUCGGGAAGGUCUUCAUAUCUGCUCGAUGUUAUCGCAGGACUCCUCUCACCCGUCAUAUCCUUACAGGAAACUUCGAAUAAAGAUCUGUCUACUUUGGCUAAGGCGGCCUUUGAGUUGCUGAAAUGGAGGGUCUUUUCAGAAUCUCAUCUCCAGAAAGUUGUUACGGUCAUUCUUUCUUCUGCUGAAGAUUCUAAUUGGCGGAUAAGGUCUUCGACCUUGACAUAUCUCAGAUCUUUUAUGUACAGGCAUACUUUCAUCCUCUCGCAUGAAGAUAAACAAAAGAUCUGGAAAACCGUGGAAAAGCUCCUCGUUGACAGCCAAGUGGAGGUAAGAGAGCAUGCUGCAGCAGUUUUAGCUGGCCUUAUGAAGGGAGGAGAUGAAGAUUUUGCUAAAGAUUUCCGUGACAGAGCUUACGCAGAGGCAAACUCCAUCCUAAAGAAAAGAAACCGCAGGAGGUCGAGUUCGAGCCAGUCGGUCCCUGAAGUGCACGGGGCUGUGCUUGCUUUGGUAGCUUCUGUCUUGUCUGUUCCUUACGACAUGCCCGGGUGGUUGCCGGACCACGUGACAUUACUGGCACGUUUCGCCGGAGAACAGACGCCUAUAAAAUCGACGGUGACGAAAGCAGUGGCAGAAUUCAGGCGUACACAUGCAGAUACAUGGAACAUCCAGAAAGACUCCUUUACUGAAGAACAGCUUGAGAUAUUGGCGGAUACAUCGUCUUCAUCCUCCUACUUUGCUUGAAAAAGACCGAAGACAGAAACUAUGAAGCAGUCGUCGUAAUCUCUGUUGUUUGUUUUUAGUGUUCUUAUUCAGUUGAUUUUAAGACGAAGGAGACUGUCCGUCUGCUUGGUUGUGUGCUUCUUAAAAAUGCUAAGUUACAUAUAUGUAUGCUUCAUUUGUACAAUCAUGGAUAUUUAUGUAGUAAGUCUAGUACCCAAGCCGUUUAUCCGAUUCUCUGGGAGAUCUAGUCGGGCAGGCUUGUGUACUGAAAGGUGUCUUCUUUUUUA